AUGUCUCGGGAUCCCGAAGAGGUGAACAAGCUGACAGAGAGCACCUACAAGAAUGUUAUGGAACAGUUCAAUCCUGGGCUACGGAAUGUAAUAAACCUGGGGAAAAAUUAUGAAAAAGCUGUUAAUGCUAUGAUACUGGCUGGAAGAGCAUAUUAUGAUGGUGUUGCAAAGAUUGGAGAAAUAGCAACUGCAUCUCCAGUUUCUAAAGAAUUGGGACAUGUCCUUAUAGAUAUUUCAAGCACAAACAAGAUACUUAAUGACAGCCUAGAGGAAAGUUUCAAAAAAUUUCAUAAAGAGAUUAUAUCUGAACUGGAGAAGAAAACGGAACUGGAUGUAAAAUAUAUGAAUGCAACUUUAAAGCGAUACCAAACAGAACACAGAAGCAAGUUAGAUUCAUUGGAAAAAUCUCAGGCUGAGCUGAAAAAAAUCAAAAGGAAAAGUCAAGGUGGAAGAAACGCAAUGAAAUAUGAGAAUAAAGAAUUUGAGUAUUUGGAAACUGUGAGUUCUCGACAGAGUGAUAUUCAAAGAUUUAUUGCUGAAGGUUGCAGAGAAGCUCUACUUGAAGAAAAAAGAAGAUUCUGUUUUCUGGUUGACAAGCACUGCAGUUUAACUCAGCACAUGCACUUCUAUCAUAAACAGUGUGCAGAUUUACUUAACUCCAAGUUGCCUGGAUGGCAGGAAAUGUGUAGUGAUGCCACAAAAGUGCCAGAAAAAGUUAUGAAUAUGAUAGAAGAUAUGAAGACGCCUGGUUCCACUCCAAUCUCGGGAACUCCACAACCUUCACCAGUGACAGAGAGAAAUAGUAUGGUUGGAAGAGUGCCCCCUGCUCCUACAGUUAGAGCAUUUACUAGUCCUUUAGUUGACAUGUUUAACAAUCCACCAGCAGUUCCAAAGGUUCCUUCGGAAAGAUUAAAUAAUUCAGCAGGUAAUUCAGAUGAUGCCAGUUUAUCACGUUCAACUUCUGUUGCCACAGGACUGAACAUAAUGAAAAGGCAGAAAGUAAAAACUAUCUUUCCACAUACGGCUGGAACUAACAAGACAUUACUUAGUUUUGCACAGGGAGAUGUCAUCACACUUCUUAUAGCUGAAGAAAAGGAUGGCUGGCUUUAUGGGGAACAUGACAUAACUAAAGUAAAAGGAUGGUUUCCAUCAUCAUACACAAAGCUACUGGAAGAGCCAAGUGAUGAAACAGUACAUGUUCCAGUGCGAAGCGCUGCACCAAUCAGAAGUAUCAGUUCUAUAAAUCUAGCAGAUACAGGUGGUGUUGUCCUCCCCCCACCAGAUUAUCUGGGAACUUUGCAAACAGGCACAACUUCAGAUAUGAGAGCAGAUUCUUCCAAAGGUACUACUGUUAAAGCACCUGUGGCCAGACCAGAAAGCACAACUCCUAAACCUGUUAUAAAUGGCAUUAUAAAACCACCUUUCCUAAGCGGAGAAAAUCCUUUUACCACUGUGAAACUCCGACCAACAGUAACAAAUGACAGAUCAGCACCAAUAAUUCGAUGA